CCCCCGAGCUGUGCACAGAACACUGGCAUAAAAGAGAAGCAUUUCCGGCCCAAUACGCACGCCUCUCUCAGCACUGAUGUCAACACAGAUAGAUAGCGAGAGGAGGACCCAGGUGAGCCUUUGCCCAGUGUUGGCAUCAAGCAUCCUCAACCCCUCCGCCUAAAACUUACUACCACAUUCAAAGCUUGGAGCCCUCCGUGUCAUCAGUUGCUGAUACCGUCUCUGCCGUGAUGGCCAAGAACCGCUCUCCAGACAAGAAAUCCAGGAGCCGGACCAAGUUCGUGGAGUAUGUAGGUUCCUUUACAGUGGAGGAUCAAGAUCUUGAUGAAAAGACAUGGCGGAUCCAUCAACAGCUUCAUAUUCUGAAGAAUCUUCCUCGAAAAAUGGCUGUAAUACUAAAAUUCUCAUCACAAGGAAUAAAGAUGUACAAUGAAAAUAAAGAGACGCUGUUGAUGGCUCAUGCCCUGAGGAGAAUCUUAUACACAACGUGUCAACCGGCGGAUUGUCAGUUUGCAUUUGUCACACGCAACCCGUACAGACCACCAAGUGAGCUCUUCUGCCAUCUGUUUGUCACCACACAGCCGAACGAGGCAACCACUCUGAAUUUGCAGCUGUGCCGGUUGUUCCAGGUUGCUUCCUGUACAAAAUAUCGAAGAGAGCAACAGAGCAAUGUUUCUGCUACCCAGCACCCCAAACAGGAAACUCACCAAGAAUCAUGCUGUCCGAUAUCAACCAUUUCUACAAGACGUGCGAGAGAGCGCUAUGGAGAAAUGGAGGUUUCCUUGAAUGUCAGUGCCUUGGUCUCCUUCAAGAGACCAUCACGGCAAGAGGAAAUCAGAUUGUCAGAAGAAAUAGAUACUGAGGAAACCAUUAAAAGUGAAAACUAUGGAUGCUGUACCAGUAAAACAGUGGCACAUGACUCCACAAGUGGUUCUAAGGUCCAAUCAAAAGACCUGGAGCCAUUUGAAAAAUCUUUAGAAGACUGUCCAUUCUCUUCAUUGACAUUAGUGCGAAAGAAAGCUAUACGUAAUAAAGGGAUCAGGUCAGGAGCUUACAGGAGUUCUACCUUCAAGAGACAAUUCCAACAAGCACUAGCAGAUGGCUAUAGUUGCAGCCUGGGAGAUGAACUCAUGGAAUCCUGGAAAGCACUUGCACCACUGCAACAUGAAGAAGUAUUAAUGGAUACAGUUUGGGCCAGCGCUGGACUACCUAGGGAUUAUGCCACAGCACUCCUAAAACAUGAUGUAAUGGGAGCCUUCUUACUGUGGGUGAAUCCUGGCCCCCUACAGUGUUGGACACUAAUGAUGCGAACCCCAUUUGGUGUGGUCAACUAUCUUAUCUGUAAAAAUGAUGAAGGCAAAUAUUAUUUGCAGCAAUUGAACACACUAAUGUUUCCCAGUAUAAAAGCCUUGAUAGAACAUUACACAGCAAAUGAAGAUGGUCUAUUUUGUUGCCUAAGUGUUUCAAGGGUAAAUCACUGCUACGAAGAGCAUGAUUCUCCUGAACAUUAUCGUUUGCACCCAGUCCAAAGUAGACCAGAGGACAGGCAGACCGCUUCAGAUUAAUGAAGCUGAAUUUCCAAGAAUGGGUAAGGCUGCUUCCUGCAGGUCAUAUCAAGAGGCGAGCUGCAAGUUGUGAUGUGCAGGGUGGUUGAGGAAAAUUUAAUACAAUAAAUUUGAAUCUUCCACAGAUACUGUCUUGUGUUCAGUGGUAUCAGACACUGCUGCAGUGGAGCCAGAGUUUACUGUUAUGGGGAUUGACUCACAAUAGCAUGUUGGAAGUUGUAAUAAUAAUGCUGUCUUGUGAUUCCAACAGCAUACUUAUAUAUACCACGUAUGCGUUCCUUUAGUCCCUUCUAUGGCAGACUAUGCUAGCACUUAAUGAGUUGAAGUUUGAUACAAAUCAUUCAGCUGCUUUACUUCACAGCAAAUGCACAGACACACCAACAGUUAUGAUCAGAUUAGAAAAGCUCAAUUAAUAUCACCCAUCAUAGCAUAAAGAUACAAAAUAGAAACACAGUUCACCAUCAGUAAGAUGUUUUUAAUUAAUGAAAGAAAGGCGAUUUUAUCCUCCAACAUUUUUAACUUUCACAUUCAAGAAAGCACAUCUUUAUGUGCUUAUUUUUCCUGAUUUGGAAGAGCUUAAUGGUCAAAGCUUUAAAACAUAGUCUGUGGUUAUCCUUUGAUUACCCAGAUGGUGUACCAAAUUUCUAGUCUCUGUUUAGCCUCUUAAACAAUUCAUGAAAAUGUGCAUUGUUCUUGUAAACAAUAUGAAAAUAAAUAAAAUCCUUUCUGUGGAAAUAUUGUCAAAAAUACUAAAAUGUAACAGCAAUCCAUGCAAGCCGUGCAAGAAUAAUGGUUAAAUUAAAGCUUGAAGCCAAGUCAGAGAUAUUGUAUAAGCAAAUUAGUUUAUGAAAAUGUUUUGAGGUACUAUCAAUUGCAAGAGCUAAAUUAUCCUAGGUUUUUCUCUUCAGCUGCUAUUCUGCAAAAACACAUUUUAGACUUUUUGUUGACUUCACUGAGAUGCUACUAGGAGAGAGGAGGUGAAACUUAGAACUGCCCACAGCUCAAUCCAAUUUCUUUCUGUGCCUGUGAGAAUGUGCAAAUUCUGAAGUUUCUGAUAUAUAAUCGAAUAUAAUACUUGUUUACUACUUGUAGCAUGAAGCUUUUGCUGGAAUGUUGUUUAAUAAUAUGGUUGCUAAUUAACAGGACUAUUACUUUGGAUUUAUUUUUCAUCUGUUAGAAUUAAGGAAAAGUUGAUAACAACUAGAUUUUGUUUACAUUUAGAACUCUUUUGGUCCUCAAGGUCCUGAAUUGCAUCAUCAAAAAGAAGAAUUUUAAAUGAAAUUUGAAUGAUUGAAAGUAAAAAAAAAUACUGUAAAGCCUGUGCUUAGGCUAUAAAAGAGAUUCAACUUGCUGUGCCUAUAAUUGGUAGAUUUCUCUAGUUUUUGGAGUACAUUCUAGUGGGUCUAGACAUUCACAUGGUAGAAGGACCAAGAUAAAAAUCAUACAGUUACAGACAUGUAAGUGAAUAUGGGGAAUAGGUCACAUUAUCUACCCAAGAGACUAUCAGGAGUACUCCAUUUUUAUUUUGUUCAUUGUAACUGCUCAAAUAUUAAACUAUUAUUAAUUACAUGUGCUUAAAAAAAAGGCCGUACUGCUAUGAAGAAGGAGUCAGCUUGAAACAUUGAGCAAACAGUAAAGAGACUUUAAAUUUAUUACAGUUGAUCAGCUUUAACAAGUCUAGGCACUUAGACCAAGUAUCAGAUUUGGCCUCAAGAAGAUACAAGAGUGGAAAUUUAAAAUGUGCUACCUUGAAAGGAGAGCUACCGUUUUGCAGCUUUUUGCAUAUUAUGGCACCAACCAUUACCUCUUCAGCUUCAGUCUGUGUGAAACAAAUUCUAAUUAAUUACUGUAUUAAAAUGUUAUUUUUGAUUUGAUUGUCAUGAAAUCAUAAAAUAUUGCAGUGAGGAUCUCAAAUGGAUUCAAGCUGACUUAAGUCAUUAGAUAAUCUUAGCAAGUUUGCCUUUGUUUUAUUAAAGUUAUGAUGCUAAUAUAAGGAGAAAGUGAGGACUCGAAAAGUGUGGUGCCAGAAAAGCACAGCAGGUCAAGCAGAAUCUGAGGAG